AUGGCACUACUCUUCUUCAACUUGCCCUCUUCCUUCUUCCUCGUCUCAUUCGCCUUCUUUUGCAUUGCCAUCAAUCUUUUCUCCAUUACUAAUGCACCAUCCGGAGCUGAGGCUGCUCGCGGCGAUUGUCUUCCAGUUUCGUCUUUGAUCACCAAACAGCUUUUCCACACCUUGUUUCUGCACAAGCACAAGGAUGACACCGCAUGCCCUGCCAAAGACUUCUAUACCUACCGCUCUUUCAUCAAAGCCUCCAAAUCCUUCCCCGGAUUUGGCACCACCGUAAGUUUAACCAUGCGCAAGCGUGAGAUUGUUGCCUUUCUUGCUCAGAUUUCUCACGAGACAACAGGUGGGCGGCCUACUGCCCCAGAUGGACCAUAUGCAUGGGGAAUGUGCUUCAAAAAGGAAAUCAGUCCCCAGAGCGACUACUGUGAUCCGAGCAAGUCCUACAAAGGAAGAGGCCCCAUUCAACUAUCUUGGAACUAUAAUUAUGGACCUGCUGGCAAGGCGUUGGGGUUUGAUGGGCUGAAGAAUCCUGAAGUAGUGGCAAACAAUUCCAUGAUAGCACUGAAAACGGCUCUAUGGUUCUAGAUGACCGAGCAAAAGCCGAAGCCUUCUUCUCAUGACGUCAUGGUUGGACUGUAUGUACCCACAGAAGCUGACGUUGCGGCCAAUCGGACUGUUGGAUUUGGGCUGGUGACUAACAUCAUCAACGGUGGACUAGAGUGUGGAAUACCCAACGAUGCACGAGUGAAUGAUUGGAUUGGUUAUUUCAAAAGAUAUGCUGGACUGCUUAAUGUCGAUACUAAACCCAACUUAGACUAUGAAAAUCAAAAGUCCUUCUAA